CUCGUUGUUAUUCUACUAUUGCUUUCGCUUGGGUGUGAAGUGUCUCUCUCUUCUUAUUUAUACCCAUCAGGAGACUAUCUUUAACCACUGCUGUCUGUGGUAUCUAUCUCGUUGUCACAUCACCCACCCACCCUCCGACGAGUCGCGCGACGGCUGAGCGAUGAUUUGAUCCAUCCGCUUAUUUACCACCACCACCACCACCAUCACCAUCACCAACUACCGCAACAACUACAACCACCCACACCACCUCAACCACUCAAAAUUCGAAAUAAACGGAAUGGACGCCCAAGCCUACCUCCUUCGCCUCGGCUGGUCCGGCCCCGGCAACCCCCUCAACCCAAACCGCCGCCCGGACACGCACAGCGGGCUGGGCCUCACACGACCGAUCCUAGUCGCACGCCGCCAAGGCAACCUCGGUGUGGGCAAGACGACGACGAAAGACCCGACGAAUCAGUGGUGGCUGCGCGGAUUCGAGGAUGCGCUCAAGGGCGUCGGCACCGAGAGCAGUGCGACGGGGAAGAGCAGUCGCGCGCCGAAUGCGUUGACCAGUGAGCUCUAUCGCCAUUUUGUGCGCGGGGAGGUUGUGCCAGGGACGUUGGGGGGGUUGAAGGAACGGGAGGAGAAGGAGAAGGGGAGUGAGGAGAAGGCGAGGAAGGAGACGAAGGAGGAGAGGAAAGCGAGGAAGGAGGAGAGGAGGGUCAGGAAGGAGGGGAGACGGGUUAGGAGAGAGGAGAGGAAGAAGAAGAGGGAGGAGAGGGAGGCCAGGAGGGUGGAGAGGAGGGAGAAGAAGGAGUUGAAAUUGAAGGCGAAGGCAGAGAAGGAGCAGAGCAAGAGCAAGAAGGUGGAGGAGCAUCGUCCCGAGGAGGAUUAUCCCACGCCGCCGGCGACAGAGCUGGAGCAGACGGAGUCGAGCGGGCGGGACGAGGCAGAGGUGAAGGAGAAGAAGAAGAAAGAAAAGAAGGACAGCAGCAAGAAGAGGAAGACGCGGGAGUCGUCGUCGGACGACGGGUCGAAGAAAAAGUCCAAAAAGUCCAAGGACGAGAAGAAAUGAGCUGGGCUGAUUAUCACGCUGGAUCGGGGACUUUCAUGUAUGUAAUUGAUAGAUUUAGACUUGUAGAUACCCAUGGCUUUGCCGCUUGGCUGUUCUUAUUCAUGAAUAACAC